AUGACCGCAGAACCCAGCAGCAAGACAACCCAUGGUGCCAUCAACUGGGGAAGCAAGAGUGCUAGCGCCAACAAUGGAUCGACGGCCAAAGAUCUGGAGGUCGGCUCCAUUGGUCCGCGAGUAAAGCGCAUCUGCAUCUCGUUAAACCGGUCUAGCAAGGGAUGGCAUUACUUGGAGCCACACACCAGGUUAUGGUGUCCUCUUCAGCUUGAGAGAAACCCCCCGACCACAUUUGCCGAGCAGCAAAGAGAGACCGGUGUCAACAAAAGAUCAAACAAUGCACCCGGACACAUGGCGUCGAAGCUGACAGUUGACCCUCGGGUCGACGUGGGGCAACGUCAUAGUGAUGCACCUCAUUCGGCCGUUUUCUUUGCUGCCUCUGAAGCUGUAUUUCUCAUCGUCGUGGAGGUGGAGCAGAUGGCCGGUCCCUGGGAUGCCCUCUGGUCAAGGGUUACGGGCGGACACAGCAUGGCGGCCCAAGUUUCGCCGGCCUCACGCGGACGUUUCUUGGGCAGCGAAUUUUGCGGCUCUACCGCCGAGUUGUGA